CGGUGCUGGGGCCGGGCCAGCGGUCCCUCCGCUGUGCGAGGGGGAGAGCGGGGUGUCCUCGCAGCAGCCUCCCCGCAGCUGUUUCCCCAUCCGCCUCCCCGGCAGGUUCAGACCAGACCCGGAGAGUGCGACACGGGCCUGAUCCGGGCCGGGAGCGCGGAGGUGCCGCGGCUGGAGAGGCGGGGGGGAGAGCGAGCCUCUGGUCGGCCCCUCAUGCAGGGAGGCACGAGCGGCUGGCGCCUUGUCUUCUCUGAAAACCCUGAAAUCACGGUGUCAGAUGGCCAAGUCAGUGGGCCUCGGCUUCCCCGGGCGGGGCACCAGCGUAUCCUGAAUAGGAGCCGGAGAGAAAGGGGAUUUACGCCCCUGGUGUGAGGAAAUGCACGUGGAAGAUCCUGUGUGGGUCACUCACAAGGGAAAAUAAGUUCAGAUACAGAGGUCUGCUGAGUUAGAGCUGCUGUAGUAAGGUAAUGUAAGCAUUUCAUUUACACACGAGAGAGGAAACAGGCAUGUCAGCUCUUUGUCCACCACCGUCUCCUGCAGUUGCUAAAACAGAGAUCUCUUUGAAUGGCGAGUCACCUUUAUUAGCUGCCACUUUUGCUUACUGGGACAAUAUUCUUGGCCCCCGAGUGCGGCAUAUCUGGGCUCCGAAGACAGAACAGGUACUUCUCAGUGAUGGCGAAAUAACUUUUCUUGCUAACCACACUCUGAAUGGAGAAAUACUCCGGAAUGCAGAAAGUGGUGCAAUAGAUGUGAAGUUCUUUGUUUUGGCAGAAAAAAGGGUAAUCAUUGUGUCAUUAAUCUUUGAUGGAAACUGGAAUGGAGACAGAAGCACAUAUGGACUAUCAAUUAUACUUCCACAAAGUGAACUUGGCUUCUACCUGCCGCUUCACAGAGUGUGCGUGGAUAGAUUAACACAUAUUAUAAGGAAAGGAAGAAUAUGGAUGCAUAAGGAGAGGCAAGAACAUUUCCAGAAGAUUGUCUUGGAAGGCACAGAAAGAAUGGAGGAUCAGGGCCAGAGCAUCAUUCCAAUGCUGACAGGAGAAGUCAUUCCUGUAAUGGAACUCCUUUCAUCUAUGAAAUCACACAGUGUUCCAGAAGAAAUAGAUAUAAGUGACACAGUGCUCAAUGAUGAUGACAUUGGGGAUAGUUGCCAUGAAGGCUUUCUUCUCAAUGCAAUUAGUUCACACCUGCAGACCUGUGGUUGUUCAGUAGUCGUAGGAAGCAGUGCAGAAAAAGUAAAUAAGAUUGUGAGAACAUUGUGUCUGUUUCUUACACCAUCUGAACGAAAGUGUUCCAGGCUCUGUAGAAGUGAGUCGUCUUUCAAAUACGAGUCAGGACUUUUUGUUCAAGGCUUGCUUAAAGAUGCAACAGGAAGCUUCGUGUUGCCCUUCCGUCAAGUAAUGUAUGCCCCAUACCCUACCACACAUAUAGAUGUGGAUGUCAAUACAGUGAAGCAAAUGCCCCCUUGUCAUGAGCACAUCUAUAACCAACGACGAUACAUGAGAUCAGAGCUGACAGCAUUUUGGAGAGCUAAUUCAGAUGAAGAAAUGUCUCAAGAUCAUAUUAUCCACACUGAUGAGAGUUUUACACCUGAUUUAAAUGUCUUUCAAGAUAUCCUGCAUCGAGAUACUUUAGUAAAAGCUUUUCUGGAUCAGAUCUUUCACCUGAAGCCUGGCUUGUCUCUAAGGAGUACUUUCCUUGCACAAUUUCUGCUGGUCUUGCACAGAAAAGCCUUAACUUUAAUAAAAUACAUAGAGGAUGACACGCAAAAAGGAAAAAAACCUUUUAAGUCUCUUCGUAACUUGAAGGUAGAUCUUGACUUAACAGCAGAGGGCGAUCUUAACAUAAUAAUGGCAUUGGCUGAGAAGAUUAAACCAGGUCUACAUUCCUUCAUCUUUGGGAGGCCAUUCUAUACCAGUGUACAAGAACGUGAUAUGCUCAUGACGUUUUAAAGUUCUCCACAUGUCUGAUAUUGCACGGAAUCUGUCAGUGUGACACCACACUGGUGACAAUCAUUGACGACUGAGGAUGUGGCCUCAGGAGCUCAGUAACACUAAGGUGUGUCCAAAGCAGGAGGGAUCUUGUUAGAGGGUAUAUCAGCUUAGCUAGACAAGCAUGGUUAUUUUAAUGCAUUUGUCUCUUCUAUGUGCUUUUCUUAACUGUAAAAGUAAAUGUUACUAGAGGAUCCUUGGCCAUAUUGGCUUAGUAGAUAAAUCUGAACAUGUUUUGGUGUACAAUAAA